GAAUAAUUAUUAUCAUGUCAAUGAAGGAAGCCUAAACCUCUUCCUGGCGAAAGGAGAAUGAUACACUACAGGGAACGACUGCGUAAUCCUUUUACCCCGGCAGUGAAUAGUUGAUGUAACAGACGAGUGUGAUCGCUCGACUUCUGAUGAAGCGGAGCUGACGGGGUACGGGCAAUGGCAUGGCGGCGGAGUGGCAAAAGCCUCCUGACUGGCUCGACGAGGAGCGCAUGAACUUCCUGUCCGCUCCUCUGCCCAGUCAACGUACCGACAAACCAUCUCAAUGGGACACUCAGACUAAAUUCUGGAGCGACUUGAUCGUAUCCUCCUGCUCAGAUUGUUGUCAGGUAUCUAUUCUUGGCAGGCACGUCGAGGAACGCUUCACUCGCUCUGGCAGAACGCCAGCGUGUUUAGCUGGUGUGGUGGAAGAUGCGUGCAAGCAAGGCGUGCUUCGCAGUGCGAAAUCAUGGGAGAAGAACGACUGUAGCGAAAGCUGGCUUGAAUGGGGCGUGAACCUGGCAUCGUCGUGGCUCACAGGAUCUCCUGAACGCCCUGAAUCAUGGCUUGAAGUGACCUACGUUAUUCCUAAGCUUGUGGAGCAAUUCAGCAGUGACGUGAUCAGCGAGCAUAGCCGCCGUGCAAGCAGCUCAGGCAGAAACGACCUCUUCUCCCCGGAGGGGUUUGUGUCUCUGUGUCGACACGUACGGCCACCGCUCUCUAAGGAUGAUGUCGGACUGUUGAGCAGGUGGUUGGAGAAAUCAUCCAAACUGUCUAUUUACUUGGAUGAAAUUGACAAUGAGAUGAUAAAACUCGCAGUCAAUGGAGAGCGGCCUGUCAGUCCACCAUCCAAGCCCGAGAUUGCUCUUUACAGGUUGCGGUUAUGCUGCGUUGCGUUGUCCAAGCAAAUUGAGGAAGUGAUGUCAGAUAUCAAAAGGUGUACUGAAGCAGCCAAACAGAAGCAGAUGCUGGGAAUGCGAGACGGAGCACUGUCUUUGCUGCGCCGACGAAAGCGACUUCUCAAGUCCUUGACACAGAAGGAAGGAACGGCUGAGAACAUCGAGCAGCUGAUCACUGGGCUAAGAGCAGUACAUGAUGACCGGAAGAUCAUUGGUGCUAUGGAGGUAGGCGUCCAGGCGUACCGUGAAGCUAUGGCUGACAUCAAUAUUGAUAAAGUGGCGGAUACCAUGGAUGAGUUCCGCGAUUUGCACGACAAGCAUAAUGAAGUCAAUGCUGAACUAUGUGAUAGCUUCAGUGUAUUCAUCACUGACGAUGGUAGUAUGGAUAUGUCUGAGCUGGAGGCUGAGCUUGACUCACUGAUACACGAGGAUGGCAUUGCGGAUGCUCACGCUCCAUCGGAACCACCAGUGGCGGGAGCAAGUGCCGCAACACCACAGAAACGCGAUCAGAACACCACCGAGGAGCUUUGCAUCCCUGUGACACCCCCGGAGUCUGCUUCUAAACCGAAUCGUGACGAGGGGUGUCCGCAGCACCACGAUGUUACGGCCACACCAGGGUCUGCUCACGUGCCACCGAAACCGACGAGAUCACCUGCUUCCUAGGGAUGGAUCGGCCGCCGAUGAUAAGAUCACAGCGCGUGUCAUUUUACCGGAUUAGCCACUAAGGCACAAUAUUACUGUAGCUGCUGCUGCUCGCAUGGCAUGAAUCUUGUCUGUUAAGCGUGCUUGUCACGUGAACGCACACGUUUCCAGGUUAGCACCAUGGCAAACUGAUUGUGUUGCCACCCAUGCAUGAAGACCAUUCACCAUUCAAAUAAUCCCAUUAUCACUCCAGUCGACAACCUUUUAAAAGUAUUUAUCAAUGAUUUUAGAGCAUACCACAACACUGCUCUGCAGGGAGAAACUCAGGCAUACGAACACACCUAUAGAAUCUAAACACAUAGUCAACUCAUCAUCAUCAUUGUAAGAAUAAUAUACAUGCAGGCCAAGUAAUAAGGUACUUUGGAGAGUUUCCCUUUUUUUAAAGUUACAGACUCCAUGCUUUGGAUAUGUAAGCUGAUGUACGUGUAGUAACAAGACCGUCAUGUAAAAUGCUGAAGCAACUUUAUUUCUGUUUAUUACCUACCGUUGGCACACACCAGGCACAGCUGAAGCAAAAUCAUUUUUCAUACAGCAUAACAACAUUUACUUGUUAGUGAAUUAGAAAAGCUGAAAAAUCAACACAAAAUCUGAUCGAUGGUAUAGCGCAGGCAGCUGUGCCCUCUUCAAACCACAUUCACCCCACACACACACACCCACACACGCGCAUGCGUGCACACACACACACAC